AUGGGCAGCGGUGAUUGGAUGUGUAGUACCUAUGGACUAUGGACUGCUACUUGGAGUAUUGUUGAUUAUGGAUACCUAUGGAGGCAAUAAAAUGGAACUCUCCGGUUGUCUCUGGUGAAUAUAAUCAGCCUACCAGACAAGCUCCGACAAGCCAGACAAGCCGGUCAAGCAAUUCUCGAAUCUCACUUUGUCCCACGGUCAAACGCUUCCAAAAAGGCCUGCCUACUGGCGUUACACGAUGCAUCGCCCAAUGUACCACCCUGGGUUCUGUUCUCCUUUGCAUCCAUGGCCUGUUCCCCCAUCCUGCCUCGAACUCGACUGCGAAGUACUCGACAAGCCAAUUGACCCGUCAUGCUCCUCACGCGGGUCCGCCUGCUGCUCGUCGUCCUACUCGUCUUUCUGCUGGCCUUCCUGCAAUCCGCUCUAGCGCUUCAAUUGUACCUCCUACUCCGAUUGCCCUUUGUCUGGCGCUCCUCGUCCGCCGACUCCAUCAUCUCCCUCCAUCGCGACCUCUUUGACCUCUCGUUCCACUCCUACCCGGCAUCGCCUGUUCCCAGCGACUCGGAAUCCGCAGGCCUCUCGCAAUUCGAGCUUCUUGUGCCCGCGAGACUCCAUCAUAUCCACCUGGGAACCGCCGAGCUGCGUCCCGAAUGGCAGGCCGCGCGGGCCGAGUGUCUGAAACAGCACCCGGACUGGGAACCCUUUCUCUGGGACGACGUGGCCGCCCGGCGCCUCGUGCGUGAAGAAUUCCCCGAGCUUGCCGAUCUGUGGGAGAAUUACCCGUACCUGGUGCAGCGCGUGGACGCCCUCCGCUAUAUGGUGUUGUACAAGUACGGAGGCGCCAUCCUAGACUUCGAUCUGGUCUGUCGCCGCCCGCUCGAUCCUCUUCGUCGCUUUGAAUUCGUCGCUCCUGCGGCCCAUCCGGCCGGCUUUUCCAUCGGUAUGAUGCUCGCCGCGCCGAAUCACUCCUUCGUCGGCGAUCUCAUUCACCAGCUGCCGGCGUUUAACCGGCGGUGGCUUCUGUUGCCGUAUGCGACGGUUAUGUUUAGCGCUGGAUGUCACUAUGCUUCAACCAUCUACACCACCCAGCGCAAUCGCACCGGCCUGCGCAUUCUCUCCGGACCGCCCACAGAUCCAACCAUGCACAUGCUCAACGGACUGGUGGACACGCCGUUGUUUCGACACCUGGGGACCUCGUCCUGGCAUGCGCAAGAUGUCGCCAUGUUCAAACUGACGCUGCGGGGGAGCUGGACGUGUCUGGUAGCGUUUGGAAUCGGGUUCGGGGCUGUCGUGCUCGUCUCUUUGGGUGCGUUUGGGGUUAUGCGACGGUCGUUGAAACGGGCUAGGGCGACGAUCACGAAGACGGUGUAGUUCUACUGUCUUUCUCGAUGGCUAUCAUUCUGGAUCUUCUAUUUUUGUUUAUCUAUCACCAAUCUUU